AAUAGCUUAUUGCUUUAAUCAUUCUUCCCAUCCUUCAUGGCUUCAUCAUCAUCCAUGCCAAAGAAGGAAUCGAGAGGUCGCCAAAAGAUCAAAAUGGCUAAGAUUAAGAAUCCAAGCCACAGACAGGUCACCUUCUCAAAACGCCGUUUAGGCCUCUUUAAGAAGGCUAGUGAACUCUGCACUCUUUGUGGUGUAGAAGCCACAAUAAUCGUGUUUUCCCCUGGUCAAAAGAUGUUCUCUUUUGGUCAACCAGAUGUUGACUCUAUAGUUGACCGUUACCUUAACCAAAACCAAAUAUGUCCUAAUGGUACCACCACCAAUUCUGAGGGUGGUGUCCAUCAAGGUCGUCAACUAAGUGGUACUACGCGCAAGCUCAACUCGCAACUAUCCAAAAUACAAGAACUCCAAGACUCUGAAAAGACUAGGAGUGAGUUGCUUAACAAUCUGAAGAAAAUUCCUAGCCAAAAUUGGUGGGAGCAACCUGUUGAUUAUCUUGGCUUAAAUGAACUCGAAACUCUGAAGGCUGCAUUGGAGAAUCUUAAUAUGAAUGUAGCUAAUCAAGCUCAUUCAAUGGUGGAAAAAACUUCUUCUACUCCGAUCCAACCCUAAGAAUGGAUAGCAGUGUCGGAGUUAGUUGCUGUUAUUGAGGAUAAAAUUGAAGGGUUUACUGUUCGUGGUCAAGUCAGCAACAUUCAUAAGCAAAAGUUCUUCUAAAUUAAAUUAAAAUAUAUAAUGUCUUAUUAUUAGUUUCUUUGUUUUUGUUCUUGUUAUUCUAGUACUAAAGUAAGUUCGAUUAAGGCGAAGAAAAAUAUGUAAUGAAUUAUGUCUUAUAAUGUUUUCAAAGAAUAAAAUGACCAGUAGAUGGUUUUGGUUGCCUUUA